UAAGAAAAACAAAAUAUACAGUAUGUCCAAUUGUUAAAUGUAUUUUUUCUAACUCGGUUAUUUGAUUUGAGUAAAUUGUAGCAAUGUUGAAAAAGUGUAGGCAGCUCUAAAGUAACAUUACUCUGUGUGCUACGGUCUAAUAUCACAAAUGUUAGUAAUUUUGACAUCUGGUGCAUGUCCAACUUAAAAUAUAUUUUUUCAUUACUAACCAUACAGAGCUCAUCUAUGCUGUUCACUGCUGAAUAGCUCCUAAAAUCAGUUUAUUGUUUUUCGCCGAUGGACUUGAGUGAAUAGGAUUACGUUCUUACCUUAAAGUGAUCAGUGAUUGUUUAUUGGAAUAAUUAAGCAAUUUUUUUUUGACAAUUUUUAAUUUUCAUCCUUAGAACUAUACAUUUAUAUAAUAAUUUAAUUACUCUUAUAAAAAUAAAGUAAAAUGAAUCGAACUAAUUAUAAUCAAAGUUAUAAAUUAGUAGUAGUAGGAGGAGGUGGUGUUGGAAAAUCUGCUAUAACAAUUCAAUUCAUACAGGACCCGAUGAAAUACUUGGUGAUUUUCUCUACAAAACAAGGCACAUUAUUUUUUAUCCUCUCUGGUCCUUAUUCCGAAGAUCCCUUGACGAAAGUACUUUUUCGGACAUGUGGAAAAUCAGUUCUAUUAUUCCCAUUUUAAAAUCAGGUAAACCCUUGUUAGUUACCAAUUAUAGACCUAUUUCAAUUCUUCGACACAUUUUUAAAAUUUUCGAGUUCUUAGUUUUAGAUUGUAUUCAGCCUUCGGUUAACUUGAUUUUAGCCAAUGAACAACAUGGUUUUCGCCCAAGCAGAUCUACGGUUACUUGUAACCUCUUUUUCUCCAACUAUUUACAUGGUUCUUUUAAAGAAGGAUUACAAGUUGAUGUCAUCUACACCGACUUUGCUAAGGUGUUUGAUUUGAAAUAUUUUGUAACAGAUUAUGAUCCAACAAUUGAAGACUCUUAUACAAAACAAUGUGUAGUGGAUGAUGUUCCUGCAAAAUUAGAUAUUUUGGACACAGCUGGCCAAGAAGAAUUUAGUGCUAUGAGAGAACAAUAUAUGAGGUCUGGGGAAGGUUUUUUACUUGUAUUUUCAGUUGCAGAUAGAACGAGCUUCAAUGAAAUAGAGAAGUUUCACAGACAAAUUCUUCGAGUGAAAGAUAGAGAUGAAUUUCCCAUGUUAAUGGUCGGAAAUAAAGCAGAUUUAGGAAGCCAAAGAAUGGUUUCUGUACAAGAAGCACAAAAUAUGGCUACGGAACUUAAAAUACCUUACAUUGAAUGUAGUGCAAAAGCAAGCAUAAAUAUAGAUCAAUCUUUUCAUGAACUUGUCCGUAUUGUUAGACGAUUUCAACUUUCUGAAAGACCCCCAAUUAAAGUGCUGCCCCAAAAAAACAUAAAAAAAUGUCUCAUACUCUAGCAGAUAAUAGUAAUUAUUUUUUAUACCCUACCAUGUUCAUAUUUGAAUUUUUCUAUACUAAGAACUUAAAUGAUUGUGUUCCAAGUAUUGUCAAUAUUGACCAUUUACAUUAUUAACAUCAUUAGGCAGUAUUAAACUUAAAAAUCUAGUCUCAUAUAAACAAUAAUUUGACAAGUUUUUGCACAUAGUUAACUUAAAACUAACAUUUAUUUUAAGCAUAACAUUUAAUUUGGUAAGUAAUUAUAAUAUAGUGAGUCACAAAUCAGGUUGUUAAAAUUGUUAAACUAUUCAUGUAGUUUUUUUUACUUCUAUACUACUCCUAUAUUGUUUAUAAAUUGUUGAUGAAAACAAGAUUUUUUCAUUAAAGAUCUUUAUAUUUUUAUGAAAUCAUUAAAAAAUUUAUUUUGUUAAAAAUUUAUUCACUUUUUAGUAGUUUCCCGCAUUAUUUUAAUUAUGUUCUCAGGUUAUUGGAGUUUAUAUUUUUUAAUUGAUUUAUGUUAUUUUUAAGGAUAUAAUACAAAACUUUAAGUUGUUUACCUGUAAAAAAUAAUUUUGUGCUGUUAAACAUUUAGUGUUUGUUUUUUAUUUGUAUAACAAUGAGUUUUUAUUAACGAAGUACUGAAUUAUAUUUAAAAGCACAACAAAUUAUUUAUAUGUUACCUUAAUUUUUUAUAUUAUAAAAAAGAAAUUAACUCAUGAUUAUAU